CCCGGGGCGAGGGGCGAUCGAGGAGCAGGCGGCUGCGGCGGCGGCGGAGGAGGAGGCUGCGGCUGCGGAGCCCACGGACCCGGGCGGCUGAGGGUCGCUGCUUUGUUUCGGAAUGUCUUAACACAGAUGGCUCUGUGAGGGUGACCAUGGCCACGAGGGUAGAGGUCAGCCCGCUCGCGUCCCUAACACCUGUUCCCAACUUAAAGGAGAUUGCCAAGGAAGACAAACUGCAAACGACCUACUAUCACCCUGUCGGCAAAGCCCCGGCCUCUCCUCCGGGGAUGGUGCUGGCAGGGCCCAGGGCUCUCGGGACUCCGACCAGAGCCCUCCCCGUGCCCCGUCUCUCCCCCAAACCGUUUUCUAAAGAGAACCCUUUGGAUACGUUCGCAAAUGUGAAAUCUCCCGUGGCGUCCGUCAAACCUGGUGCCGUGAUGACCAGGCCGUUGGCUUACGGCCAGCCGGAGGACCCGUCCGCCGUUAAGGCCGUGGAUGAAAACAUGCCUUCCUUGGUUGAACCAAAGAUGGAUGCGGGGGGAGGCCUGAGCUCAAAUGUCAUAAAGCCCUGUAAUAAGCCCCUUUCUCACACCAUGCACAGCCAAAACACCAUCAUUCUCUUUGAAACGGUCGGCCCCGCCAAGGCAGACCCCAGCUCGGGGAGGGGGACGGGUGAGGAGCAGAAGGCAGCGAGUGGGAGCCAGCCGCAAGGACAGCCACUCAGCUCCAAGACCGAGACCGUGACCAAACCCGCGUUGCCUCCUCGGAAACCCGUGGGGACCCUCCAGCGGCAGGCGUCUUUGUCUUCUGACGAAAGGCCGGCUGUGUUGAGAUAUUGGGAGAAGGGGGAAGAGAAGGAAUCGCCGGCAUCCCCCGGCAUCAAGAAGGAAGGAGGGCCUCCGUCCUCAGAAGUCCGCCUGAGGGCCAAGCGGAGGCCGGUCUCGGCCAUCUUCACCGAGUCUCUCCAACUUCCAAAGCCCGGCCCCUUAGAAACCCCCGGGGGGAAGGUGCCCCCUCCUCCCCCGGAGAAAUCGUGGGUCCGGAAACCUCGGCCCCUGUCUGUGGAUCUCACGGCCAGGUUUGAAAAUAAGGAUAUUCUCCCCAAGAAGGCGGGCAGUCCCUUGGAGGUUGGCAAGGAGAAAGGGCUGGGUGUGGUUUCCAGUGACCGAGGAAAUGGAGAGGAGAGGUCAGAACCAUUGGACAGGGCCACACCCUCGCAGCCUGCCUUGAGGUUGAAGGAAUGGGCUUUGGAGGUCCCAGAUCUGAAAAAUAAAGCUAAGGAACAGGAUCAGAAAAUUGUCUUUAGGUCGGUGGAGGCUUGUUCCCCUGAAACAUCUACAGACCCGGCGGAGACCUCGGUCAGGAAAGGAUGGAGCCCUCAGGAUGAGAAGCCCAAAGAGGAGAGGGACCCAGAGCACCAGGAGGCUGAAGGACCCGUGUCUUUGCUUAGAUCGGAAAAAAGCCCAGGACUCGGAGGAAAAAACCAAACGGCCAAGGGGAACGGGAGGGUGACCGAAAGGGACGGUGCCAGAGGGGAGGAGUGGGUCUCCAGGGGGAGCGUCAAGAAGCGCAUCAGCCAGUUUGGCUCCGAAAACUUCUUGUCUCGGGCGAGCAGUGAGGCUCCCGCUCCAGCCUCUGAGAAGGACAAAGGCAGCGUGAAAGUCCAGGACCGAAUCAAAGAGUGGAUGGUGGAGAACCCCGAGAUACCCCCCGAGAGCAGGAGGAGAUCCUUCCAGUCGAGGCCUCUGUCUGCCGACUUGACCAAAGUGUUCACAAGGCCAGCUUUGGAGAGCGAAUCGAAAGUUGACAAGAGCCCGAGUGGUGAGCCUCUCCAAGAAAGCGUUCUCCAGGAAAAGACUAAAGAAGGGCACGUUUUGUUCAGAACGGAUUCGAAUGGAGCGUCUGUUGGGAGAAACCAGUGGAAGCCUGUGAAGCCCUGUGAGAAAUCCAGACAGAUUGAACGGAAAUUGAGCUCCGGCCACGAAACAGAAGGCUCCCCCUUCCCGAGAGAGGAUUCCACCGUGGACCCCCGUCGGCCCGAAGCCCAGCCGCCGGCCACCAUGACCGAAGACGAUGGGGACUUUCAGACCGUGUGGGCGACGGUGUUUGAACACAACGUGAUGAGGUACACCAUGGCCGACCAUCCCCUGCUGGCGUCCUCCAGCGAGUCGGCCGGAAGAUGCGACGCGUCGCCCAGCCUGGGAGCAGAGAAAGCGUCCUGGUUGGGGAAGGGGCCGGGGGACAAAGGGAACGUCAGGUCUGAGAAUUCCAAGUGGGCCGAGAGACUCAGUGCGAAGAAACCCUGGAACAUCCUGCUGGAUGAAGACCCAGUGAAUGCCGCCCCGCUGGAAAAGCAUGCUGGGGGCGAAAGAUGGAAUGCCUCCUCUGGGAAGCAGACGGGAAAUCCUCACCAAAGAAUAGAGCCGAGAUACGACAUUGUACACACGCCCGGGGAACGGAUCCUCAGCGAGACCGUCGUGACCGCCCCUGAGGAAAAGGCCGCGGCGCUCCGGACCAACAAGCAGUGGUCUUCCCUGAGGGAAGCGCGGGGCUCUUGGAGUGAGGAGGUGAACGUGAAGCAUCAGGGGAGACCGGACGUGAAAAUGGCCCCCUCCCCAGCCUCCGGCUUGGCGGGGGAAGCCCAGGAGAAGCUGGAGACGGUCACCCCUAAGCCUGUUGUGUUGGGUGGGGGCUCACUGCAGCGCAACAAAGGAGUGGAGAAACCCACUUUGAUAAACCGGGACCAGACCUCCGGUCUGGUGGGCAAUGACAAAGUUUCCAGGCUGUUCCGCCACACUGCCAAGGAAAAAGAAAGCCCGCCUCAGGUUCCCGAGACCGUGGUGGUCAGAGCGUCCCAUAUAGAUCCCUACAGCGUGCAUCCGGGGGUCGGCCCGUUGGACGUGAGCAAGGCCAGCUCUCAACCUCCGGUGGAAGCAAAGAGUCACUUUGAUCAUUUAACGAGCUCUUACCCCUGGAUGGAUCGUAGGGCCAUGGCGAAAGAGGGAUACUUUGACCUCAGAGUAAAAAAACAAGAUUCAAGGUCUUCGAGAAAAGAGUCUCUCAAAAUGGGCAAAGAAAGUGAAUGGGACCAGUCCCAGGCCGCGGAGUCGGAAGCUAAAGUCAAGAAGUCGGGGAGCGUGGAGGCGAGGAUCUCGGAGAGAUGGCGGCGGAAGACGUUGCCCCACGACAUGAAGUGCGAUGACUUCAUCCCCUUCGUCUCGGAGCCAGCCAAGAGGCUCGGGAGGCGGGCCGAUUCCCUGUCCCCCAGCGACACGGCCUUCAAAAAGAGUCGGCAGGCCCAGGACGGGCCGGAUUCUAAGGAGCCGAGUUGGAGCCUGCCUCUGGAUGCGAAGGAGGCGGUCCCAAAGAUGGAAUCUCCUCGGGAGUCCAGGGAGACCUAUUUCGCUUUGACAUAUCAGAUCCCUGGGGACAAAAGAGAACGUAACACAGACAAUUGCGUUUAUGAGAACAGGAAGGCGGCCCCUUCGCUAGACAAAGACGAACAUAAUUCUAGAAAACUCAGCUUUUUGUCCCAAUCGUCCCCAAACUCCAGGUUGUCUCCUUCGUACUCCAGAGAGCCCUCAGAAAACUUUAAUAGGAAAAGCUGGCAGGCCAAAGAGAGGGAACAGGAGAACCUCGGCUUUCCCAAGAGCGUCCGGCCCGGCGACCAGCCGUCGCUGCCCGGGGAGAGAAGGGCGAGACACACCGACGGCAGAGUGAUCGAUGUGGACGCUGUUUGGCUCAACCAAAGAAGCAGCAGCAUCCCCGGGGAGUCCAAAGAGGACGGCGGCAGGAGGUCUUCCAGAGCUCCCGAACAGAUGAUGUCCUCCUCCAAGACCGGUGACCCCCCGAGAAGGAGGAAGCUGGGGGACGGCUCGGAAUCACUCCGAGCCAAACCUGAGGACGCUUACAGGUCCAGUGUCCUCGACAUCGACGCCCUCAUGGCUGAAUAUAAAGAAGAAUCCACGAAAGGCGGUGAGCCCAGGGACUGGAAGGAGGAAAGAGUACCUGCCGGCCACAGUGGGUUUCAGUGGGAGCGGCCAGGUAACAGGAGUUCUGCAGAUCACCUGUCCCAGAGGUGUGACUGGAGAGGCCAGAAGGAGCCCCAGGAUUUCAGGAAGCUGGCCCAUCUCCCCGGGCAGCAACGCCGCAGGCCUGAGGAAUCCAGCCCCGUGACGUACUCCGGGCCCGAACUAGGCAAGGAGAAGGCCGAGUCCCCCACUUACGAACCGAGCCGACAGAGAGCUCCCAGCACCAAAUUCAUCCCUCCGCUCUGGGCCGUGCCCCAGUCGGGGCUUUCUGACCAGUACCUGGAUUCGCCUUCUGACCCCUGGAAGAAAACACCGGCGGAGGAGGAGAAAAAAGAGAACAAGGCACAGAACAGCAAAGGCCGGAGUUACACCCCUUUAAAGGAUAUCAAAAACGCGGAGAUGAGCCCGUCUCCCAAGACUUCUCCUGUGGCUCAGGAGGCCGUCUUAUUUGAGGAUGAAGUCUGGGCUCCCCGAAACUUUGUAGGGAAGAGGGAGAAAGUGGGUUCUGUCCACGGGAGAACGAAAGUUAGGAGAGGAGACUAUGACUCAGACUUUGGCAACGUGCCCGUGGACAUCAGGCGUACUUAUUCAGAAAAGACGGCCCCCGCUUCGGUCCGAGAGAACCUGUCCCUCAUAACUGAGGCCCGGGAACGAAGGAAAGAGCAGUUAAAAGCCCAGAAGAGUCUCCCAGGGGAAAAUCUCGAGAGCACGAUGGCCUACAGAGUAUUCCCACACUGGGAAGCCAAAUCCAGUGAGGACCAGAAGACACCACAGGAAGUUGAAAAAGAGAGGGUCAAACUUGCUAACAAUAAAUCCCCCUUGAGAAGUUUCACUCCUACCGCUGUCCCCAGGAGAAGUCACAGCUUCUGCAAAGACAAGAAAAGGGAGCCCUUUAUGGAUCAGCUCAAACAGUGUUUUGCGAGGCAGCCCCCGGAGGCCAAGGACACAGACACGUUGGUGCAGGAGAGCGAUAGCCAAUACGGGACCUGGAAUGACCCGCGGCAGAGCGGGGAGAGCUUUGCUCCCGAGUCUCCUUCUCCGGACAGCAAUGUCGCUUCGGCCCGAAAACAGCCUCCGGGCAGCCGGCUUUCCUCCCUGUCGUCCCAGACGGAGCCCGCCUCCCCCGCCGACCCCGGGGACUCCUCCAGGGAUCAGCGCAGCACCAGCUUGGACCGUUCCAGCACGGACUUGGAUUCGACCGAUGGGGCUGAAGGAGCACCCCCUUCAGAUACGGCUCCUGAGGGGAAGGUGGAUGACUUCUCCUUCCUCAAUCAAACCUCGGUCUUGGACUCCAGCGCCCUGAAGGCCCGCGCCCAGCUCAGCAAGAGGAAUCGGCGCCGGGCGCCCGUCUCCCACUCCCUCAGGAGAAGCCGGGUCAGCGAGGCAGAGAACUCGUCCCCGUUGGUGGAGGAGACCGACAGCGCUUGGAUGUUUAAGGACUCCACAGAAGAGAAAUCGGUCAAGAAGGAGGAGUCCGAUGAAGAGGAGAAGCCACCCAAGUCAGAGAGGACCCCUGUUAACCAGCCCCAGCGGCUCCCCGUCUUCCCAGGCGUGGAUCCUUCUGUGCUCAAGGCUCAGCUUCGGAAGCGGAACGAGAUGGACAGCCCCGGGGAAGUCCAGGCUCCAGCCCAGCUGGCCAAGUCUCCCAAGUCGCCCUUCCAGCCUGGGGUCCUGGGCAGCCGCGUGCUGCCUUCCAGCGUGGAGAGGGAGGAGAGGUCAGAAGAGACGUCUCCGCAAUGGCUGAAAGACUUGAAAUCCAAGAAGAGGCAGAGCCAGUAUGAGAAUCAAGCCUGAAAAGGUAAAAAAGAAUGCUGAAGUCUCAUUAACAGAAGCCUUAAUUGUCCAAACCUGAAGACAAAAAGUCCUGCUGCUGUUUGCUUCCUGCCUGCGCGGUUAGGUGCCUGACGGGCCGCAAAAGCUGCUUAGUGUUCCGAGUCCCAGAAGGGAAGAAACUCUUGUUGGUUCCUAAAGGGAAGGAGAGUCACUUGGGAAGAGCUUGGAGCCAGAGCUGGUCCUUCCAAGAGCCUCCCCGGGCUGCCCUCCAGGACUGGGGAGCGCAUUCUCUCUGUUCUCUUGUUCUUUUCAGCGAAAUCCCUCAUUUCCACCCAUUUCAGAUAUCCUCAGCAGCCUCAGAGACAAAUGCCCCCCUUGCGCAUUUAGCGGGAUGGAGUGUGAGGGGGCCGGCGUUGUCUCAUCGGUCUCUGGACCUAUCUGAAUUGGGAUCGUGCCCAUUUCUCUCCUCACCGUGCCGUAAUCCCUGCCGGAAAAAACAAUCGAGUUUCCACAGGGUGCGAGAGGACCAACGGGCCUCCUGCCACGCCCGCGGCCCACAGGGUACACUGCUGAUUCUGUAAUAUAGUGUUUUUUGAUCAAUACUCCCACUGGUUUCUUACCCUCAGAGAUUUACAGGCCUGAUUGUAAAACGCAUCAAUGAGUGGAGGGCGAGCGGAGCCGGAUCAGCUGCUUCAUUGAAAUGCCAUUUUCUGGUCACUGGAGCUUGGGGGAGGGGGACAAAGCAAUAAUUCCAUUGAUUCUCUUUCCCAUCUGACGUGUAGGUAGACUUUUUAUGUGAAAAGAAAAGGAAGACGUGGGAUAUAUGGCCUCAUGUCUUCAAACACCUCAGGUUAUUCCCACCCAAUUAUUUUAGUCAUUGUCUUUGUAAAUAGCGUCUUUUCCUUCCUUCUCCCCGCUCUGAUUUUGGUGGGUUAACCGAUCUCCCAGGAGUCUCUAAUGCUUCUCCAGAGAAAACGUGCUCCCGACCGGCACUGUAAUCCCCCAGGCCCCAGGUAGGACGAUCCUUGGCCGGCUGCGAGUCUCGCCCCCUUUCUGGAGCUGUUUCCACGGUCAGCAUGUUUAGAGAUUCCAUAGUCAGUUGUAUUUUCGGUUUCUUAUCUAUCCUUCCCAUUUUUGGGUUGUUUCUGUUCUACCCUGUUUUUAAAAAAGUGCUCUUUUCAAAAAAUAAACCCAAAUGUAGACUGGAAUGGGCUUCCUGAGAUUCUCAACCUCUCCUGGGACUAGAGCCAAGAGAGGUAUGGAGUGAAUGGCCUAAGAAAAUGUGGUUUCCCUUUGCCCACUACCUUUCUAAAGCAAGAGUACCCAUGAACUGCCUUUCUCGCCGCUCUCUAGGAAUCCGAGUCCCCCCAACACGUUGGCCUUUAGGAGAUGGUCCCUUCCUGCCCUAUGCCCAGAAUCCCAGCUAACCAAUGGGGACAACCCACACUCACACACAGCCAUUAGUGGGCCAUGAGCGGCCACGAACUUUGUGCCAACCCCAUUUAAAAAAAACUGUAGAGAGGCAGAUGCUGGCAGCUUGCACAAUCACAGGCCGGAGUCCUCUGAGAUGUAGAUGGAGUGUAGGACACUUUUUGGCCCCUCCCUGGAAAUGGAAGUGGACUCUUGACCUCCACAUGGAUAACUUGAACAUACACAUCUCUGCCUUGUCUGAUGGGAGGAAGACAUAAGGUGCCAGGAAGUCUGUAUUUCUUCCGUCCCCUUGAGUUCACGGUCGUUGAACUCCCAGCAAUGGAUUCCUGGUGAAACCUUCCCUCCACCUUCCUCUCCCUUUUUCCAGUUAAACUUCAAACGCUGAUACUCUAGGUUUUCAGGCAAGGACAGAAUGUGGGAUGAGAUCCUUCUCUUUCACUCCUCUGCUGGACCCCAUUAAGAGACACUGUUGACUUGUCUUCCUCUAAAUCAAUCGUUUCUGAACCUUACAUUAUGCAUUUGCUUGAUGGGGGCCAUUGUUAUUUUCUCACCUCUUAUAGCACUUAAAAACCAACUGCUCCAAUGGCCAAUGGGUGGAUAUUCAAUGGGACGACUCCUCAGGGACCUCACAGAGAGCCCAACUCUGAGGAGCCUAUAACGCCUGUGAACAGGUAGCUCCCAUGUUUAAGAAGUGGAUACAGAGGAAAACAACUGUUUUGUGGGGACUCCUUCCUCCCACAUGCCCCCUCCAGCUAUGUGAUCAUUUUAAGUCUUAAUUUCUUUCCUCAUGCAGCAAUGUGGAAAUGGUCAACAGUGGAGGGCUUUUCCAAUCAACAGUCUUAUUAAACAGCUUCCCCAUUAGUUCCUCGGAGGCCUCUCUCCCUUUAUUAGCUGUUGUGUUUACAUUUCCACAUUGGGAUGAAAUCAAAGGGUACUUGGCUGUACCAAAUCCACAUCGGGAUGUGGCCUUCUGUGUUGGGUCAGUGGGAUGCUAUCCACUGAACAGUAUUUUAAUUGGGAGUAAAUAAUGUCCCUCCCGGACCUGCAGAGGGAGAUGGGUGGCCAGGAAGAAAAGCUCUAAUUUCUUCUUGGGAUCUAAAUUCAUGGCAACAGAACCGUCCUUUGGGACUUUACCUCGAAAGCCCCUCAUUUUGAAAACUGGGUUUUCAGUCAUUAUUUCCCUAACACUGCUAAAAUAAGCCCAUAGUUCAUGACUAUGAGAUGUGCCCUUCCGUUUUCUUUAAUUUUUGGUUUUUGCUGAUGCAACAAUGAUGAUACUUAGAAAUCCCUCAUCAAAACUAACUUUUGCUUACGUCUCUGUCAAAAUGGGCAUUGGGGCUAGAGUGGAAGUUGUCUACAUAAUGUCCAUAAAACCAUAAAAUCCACUGGUUUUAUCUUUAGGCACUCUUUGGGAGUUCGGCCUGCUCGAUUGCUUUGAAAAGAUUUUGGUCAUUUAAAAGGCACCUGUUCAGUGAUUCUUCUAGGAACCCAUGAGCCAUAUUGAAAAUAUGAAAUCAUUCCACCUACAAGCUUUUUCUUUCUCUCUAUUCCAUCUUUUGAUAGCAGCCAACUUCUGGGAGCUAUUGGUCUCAAUGAGCAAGAGAUUUUUGUCCUUUACCUUUGUCUGCCACCUGAAUUCUGGGAAAAUCCAGUGGGAAUCUUUAACAUUGCAAUAAUAUGAAUGUUGAAGUCCAAUUGGGACUCUAGUGUUUCCUGAGGAAUUCUGCCAAAAUGGAAACCUCAUGACACAGGCCUGGAAUUUGGUUUAUUUUGAGCCCAAGAGCCCAGAUUGUCAAUUGCCUGGUGAAGCAGCCAUCAGCUUGGGGUGAUUUCUAAACUACAAAGACCAAUAAUACCUGUUGGGUUUUUUUUUAAUCACAAAUUCCUUCAUCCUUUAUGUGGUUUUCAUGAAUAUCCUCUGUCUGAUGUUGAGAGAGAGAGAGCGAUGAGAUGGAGAAAGAAAAGAGAGAAAGAGAGCGAGCGAGCGAGAGUGCUAUUGAACUCUUGAGAUACCUAAACAUGAACGGUUGAGCAAAUGAUUCCAAGAAGCCCUAGUAAGAAAUUAUCUGGAAGAAACCUCAGCCCUCCCAACUGUAGCUAUUGAUUGUCUUAUCAACUGAUGUUUUUAAUUAUAGCAGGGCUCUCUAGGACUCCAGGACUGGUGCAUAAUUACAAAUAUGCAGAUGCUUAAGUGUGCAAUAGAUCACCCCAGAAACUCCCCGGUUGGGACCCAGGAAGAGGAGGAAAAAUCUUGGUUAAAUUUUGACCAAGGACUCCUCGGGCUAAGCCAGCCUCUUGGAUUUGGGGAAAUGAGUCCCUAGUGAAAGGAAAAACAUGAGUAGAAUGACCCUCUCCACCCCAAAUGCUUACAGUACCAAGUCCAAGAGCAGGCUUUUAAAAACUUGCUUAUUUUUCCCAAUGUGUGAUUUGGGGGAACAGGAGCAAGAUGCACCAAAUCCAUCUCAACUAUUUGAAGAUCAUCCUUUUAAUUUACUUGGCCAAGCUUAAAUGGGAGGGGAGGGUGGGGUAAAGAAGAGAAGUCACCCCAAAGUAUCUCAAUGUGCCUUUUUCUUCAUAGUCCAUUGCUAAAAAUCCCCAUGGUAUGGCUGGACCAUCAUGUCAGGAGAACAGUGUCAUAGAGGGACUAUAAAUGUAUGGUCCAGGAGGGAACUAAGUGUAUCUUUUUGGUGUUCUCGGAAUGAAGACAGAAAUGGACCCAUGACCUCAACCAUCUUUAGGUGGUGGGCAUCUCUCCUUGAAUGACUGGGAGCCACUGACUGGGUGUCCUGUACUAAGAACGUGAGGCCCAAGUCUGAAUGGGACCAGUGCCCAAGGCAGGUGAACCCAGAACCUUCCAAGUGGUUUUAGGGGUGAGCCCAUUAAUAAGGGAGGAAUCACUCCAAGAAGAAUAGGCUGUGAACAAGUCCAUUUUGGACCUAAGAUGUUGAUUUCUGAGCAUGGCUCUGAUGUUGUCCUAUGAAACAGGAGAUGAACGCCAGCGGGGAGCAAUUCCAGUGCUGUUCUCGGGAAAUGUAGUAGAGGAGACUUCUAGGAUGUUAACGUUUAAAAGUAGAAAAAAGUCCAGGGCUCCCAAGAGAUGCUCUCCCAUUUCCCCUCUCUUUCCCACUUCCCAAAGCACUUGGGAGAUCAUUUCCAGAAUGCACACUCCAAAUUCCUGGAAAUGGAAAUUAACCCAGUUUCUUGUGAGGAGAGAUGAGAGGAAGGAGGAGGGAGAGAGCAGUGGUCCCUGAUUUCAGCAGGUCCCAGCUGUGUCCCAGCAUAUUAAAUAGAGUGAUUGUACAGAGAAUCUGUUUUUGGUUUUUAAUAAUCUCAUUCCAGAUAGCCUUAUAGUCCCUGUAAAUACGGAGCAUCCAAAAUUAAUAUAUUGUGUUAUAGAAAAUAUUUUGUAUCGCAUUUGUUUCCUAAGUAAUGUCACCCUCCUUGGUGUCAUGUACUUGUGUGAAUACGACACCCAAGAAUGCUCUGUCAAGUUUUUAAAGAAUAUAUAUACAUAUAUAUAUUAUAUUUUCUAAUAUUUCUGCUGUGAUCAUUCCUCAGAUUUAGGCAGUAAUGGCAGACGGAAAUUGAGUUCUGCUGGAAAAAAGAAAUUCUAUCUUCUCCACACCCUUGCUUUUUAUUGUUGCCUUGUGGGCAAACAGGCUAGUUCUGUGAACUCUGAACAAAUUUAAGCCAGAUCAUGGGCACUUUAGACAUCCUAGAAAGGACCCCCAGUCAGGUUUAUAGAAAAUACAUCAGUAUACAAAGGCCUAUAUUUUUAAUGUCAGAUGGAAAGAGUGUAUCUUUACCUUGGGAUGCUAGCAAUUUUUACCAAGAGUUCCUUUCUCCUAUAAAGUAUCAGAUGUAAAGAAGUCCUUUUAUAUUUUAUCACUGAAGAGUUUCCUAUUCGUAGAAAAAAAAAAGCGGUUUUGAAAAUGUGAUCCAGGACUGUAAUAAAGAGAUGACUUAGAAAAAUGAUGGUCUCAUCCUGUGGGUCUUUGCAUGUAUAAAAAUGUUGCAUUUGAAUUAUGAACCUAGAAAAUAAAGCUUUGAAGCCAGUUGUA